AUGACCAGGGCAGCUCUGCGCCUCUGGCUCAUCCUCGCUCUGCGGCUCAGAUGCGUCGCCGUCCCGCUGGACAGGGGCAGAGCGGCGCGGCAGGAGGACGGCGGCGAGGAGGUGGCGGAGGAGGCGCUGAUGCACGUGAAGGAUUCACCUCGAGGAGCGGCGGCUCCCCACAAGAAGGCGCCUCAGUUCAUGGUGGAUCUGUUUAACGCGGUGUCCGUCUCCGACGGGAGCCCGAAGAGCCAGAAGGAGAUUCUGGAAGGAAACAUAGUGCGCAGUUUCGAGGAUAAAGGUCACCCCGGAGAGAGGUUCCACUUCUUCAACCUGUCGUCUGUCGGUAGAGAGGAGAGGAUGAUCAAAGCGGAGCUGCGCUGGUUCCGAAAGAAACACAAGUUGUUCUUUGGGAAGUCCUACGGGCCACAUUUCUACAAGGUGGAUCUGUACGAGGUUCUGGACAGCCGAGUGAAGCCGUGGAGAGGAAACCUCAUCUCCUCCAGGCUGGUGCCUCUUCACACUCAAGGGUGGGAAGUGUUCAGCGUCACUCAGACAGUGUCAAAGUGGAUCCGCAGCAGCCAGGAGAACAACGGCAUCCUGGUGGUCACCACACUUCCCUCUGGAAGCUGGAUGGCGGCGGCGGCGGCGAAGCGGAGCGGCGCGCCGACGGACACCAACCUGGUCAUCUUCUCAGACGACGGGAGGACCGGAGCGUCGAACCAGUCGUACCUGGGACAAGCCCAACCCGCGGCGCCCUCCCCCGAGCUCCCCGACCGCCGGCGCCAGAGGCGGCGUGCGGCCUCUCCGGGUUUCCCGCCGUACGGCCGGCCCCAGUCCUGCCAGCGGGUUCCGCUCUUCGUGGACUUCGAGGAGAUCGGCUGGUCCGGGUGGAUCAUCUCCCCGCGCGGCUACAACGCCUACCACUGCCGAGGCUCCUGCCCGUUCCCGCUGGGCGGCAACCUGCGAGCGACCAACCACGCCACGGUGCGCUCCAUCAUCCACGCGCUGAGGCUGGCGGGCGGCGAGGUGGGCGCCCCCUGCUGCGUCCCCGACAGGCUGCAGUCCAUCAGCCUGCUGUACUUCGACGACGAGGAGAACGUGGUGCUGAAGCAGUACGACGACAUGGUGGCGCUGAGCUGCGGCUGCCACUGAUUGGCCGAGCAUCUCCCGCACUCUUGACCGCCGCCGGGACAAUGAGGGGUGGGGAGAUGGCGCCUUGCGUGUGUUAAGUAUUGGUU